AUGCCGUUUUCUACAAUUGUUAAACCUACCUCUUUUGAAGGUACAAACAUGUUUAAUCCAUUGAAACUAGGUGAUACGACUGUGUUACAUAGGGCUGUACUCGCACCACUAACAAGAAUGAAAGCGAGCUAUCCUGGUAAUAUACCCAAUACUGAGUGGACCCCAGAAUAUUAUAGUCAAAGAUCACAGCGUCCUGGGACAACGGUGAUCACUGAAUCUACUUAUGUCUCGAAACAAGCCGGUGGAUUUGAUCAUGCUCCAGGAAUUUGGUCUCAAGAACAAAUCGAAGCUUGGAGACCUACUUUUAAAGUAAUACAUGAUAAUGGCAGCUUUUGCUGGGUUCAAUUGUGGGCUCUUGGUUGGGAGGCAGAUAUUAAGAAUUUAACUAGGGAUGGUUUAAAAUAUCAAGGUAUGACUGAUGGUAUAUAUAAGGAUAAGGAAACAGAAAAUUUAGCAAUUAAAUUGGGGAACCCAAUUCAUGGCUUAUCUAUUAAGGAAAUUAAGCAAUAUAUUGCAGAUCAUGUUCAUGCUGCCAAAAACUCUCUUAAGGCAGGUGCAGAUGGUAUUGAAUUACAUGUUGCAAAUGGAUAUUUGUUAAUGCAGUCUCUGGAUCCUGCAUCUAACAAACGUGAUGAUCAAUAUGGUGGAUCUAUAGAAAAUAGAGCAAGAUUUGUUUUAGAGAUUGUUGAUGCCUUGAUCAAAGAGAUAGGUGCGUCUAAAAUUGGUAUUAGAAUUUCACCUUUUUAUUCAACGGCGGGAAUGUCAGGAGGUUCAUAUACAGGGUUAGUCGCACAGUAUGCCUACUUAUUAGGUGCCAUUGAAUCCAGAGCUAAGACGGGAAAUAGAUUAGCUUAUGUUCAUAUAAUUGAUCCAAUCCCUCGUUGGGCCCCUGGAAACUCGGAAGGACAUCAGUUAGAGAGUAAUGAUUUUGUUUAUUCGAUAUGGAAGGGUCCAAUAAUUCGUGCAGGCGGACUUGGCCGAUUCCCACAGACAGCAAAAACUUUUUUAAAAGAUGACCGAACUUUAGUAGCCUAUGGUAGAUAUUUUAUUUCGAAUCCAGAUUUGGUAGACCGUUUACAGAAUAGUUUACCAUUGAAUGAGUACGAUGAAGAUUCUUACUAUACAAUGUCACCUAAUGGAUAUAUAGAUUAUCCAACAUAUGAUGAAGCUCUCAAGCUUUCUUGGAAAAUAUGA